AUGGACCCGGUAUCUGCGAUCGGGUUUGCUUCAGCAAUCGUUCAGAUUCUAGGUGCACUUACUUCGACCAUCCAUGGCCUCUAUGAAUUGCACGGGAAGUUCAGCGAUGCUGACUUUACAAUACACUCGCUGAUCCAGGAGCUGAGCUGUAUCCAGACAGCGCUCACGAGUCUGAAAGAAUGGCAUCGACUAAAUUCGUCCAAUGUGAUGAUAUCAGAGGAAUUCAAUGAACAGCUGGUCACAGCCAUGGGUGGCUGUCGAAUCAUCAUGGAGGUUUUGUCUGAAGAAGUGAUGACGUUGCUUCAUGGUAGUCGCAAUGACGGUACGGUAGGAUUCAGGCUGCGCAUUAGAGUCAUUUGGAAAGAAGAUAUUAUGAAAGGACACCAGGAAAAACUACAUGCGCAAGUCAUGGCGUUGCAGCUAUUACUCCAGGUCUGCCAAUGUCAUACAUCACAAGAGCAGGUCCGUCUGUUGAGACAGGCAACGACUCGUCGCAUUAUGCGCAGGGUUCGCGACGAUACCGAAACACUACUGUCUGCACGGAGUCAGGCUACCUCUAGCGCGGCAAGCAUCUCGCAGAACAGCAGCUUCACAGUCAGUGACCGAGUUUUUGAUUUCAACGAGGCUCUUGCAGAUUCGCCGGUAUAUCGCAGGUCUCCUCAGCAACUCUUACCCUCCAUUGGGGACUUCAGUAGCCAGACCGACACCCGUAGUGGCCGAAGUCCAUUUACAGAUGAGGGCUAUGCCAGUACCCCUACGCGUAAUAGCAGUAUUACAAGUCCGUCAUUGGAUGCUCCUCCAUCCCAGCAAGGUCAUCUCGUCUUGCCGACUAGUCCAUCGGCGCCGGUGCAUCCGGCCCACAGGAGAGCAAGCUCUUACCAACCUACCCCGCGCCCAGGCUUGGAAAAUAUGCCUCGAAGCAAGUCGGAUACUAAGACAUCUAAGACGCCUGAAAGAUCGGGUUCUAAGCUUGAAAGGAUCUCAUCCCUGCUCCGCAUAAAUACCUCUAGUCGUCUGAAUCUUGCCUCAUCUUCUUCCAAGGGUUCACCGAAAGUAGCUAACGGCACACCUGUGACAAGAAGGAAACCCAAACGGGAAACUAAUCCUCAUGUCAGCAUUGAUCUGACCGGCGCGGAUGCCGCUUCCAUUCCACAGAUUGUGAAGGCUGCCCAAGCUGGUUCUCGAGGCGAGGUAGAACGUCUCAUCGAAUAUGGCAUCAACAUCGAGGAACGCCAUAAAGCAUCAGGCCGAAAUGCUUUGCUUGUUGCUGCGCAUUGCGGAAAAGAUGAUGUCAUUGAGCUCUUGAUACGGCAUAAUGCUCGACUAGACGUGACAGAUGGGUCUGGCUGGACCGCACUUCAUCUUGCAGCUUCACGUGGACAUUGCGGUGUCAUAAACUCACUCAUGGUGGAGUGUGACAUUGCCGAAGUCGCGAACUACCAAGGCCGUACAGCAGUGCGAGUUGCUGUUGACCGUGGCCAACAUGAAGCUCUGCAGAUGCUGCUUAUGCAUAAAGCAAAGGUCAACACGCGUGCUGAGAAUCAAAUGACUACUUUGCACGCUGCGGCAAAGCAGGGUGAUGCUGAAAUUGUGCACAUACUUGUCUCAAACGGCGCUGAUAUCGAGGCCAAAGACGCUACCAUGAUGUCAGCAUUGCACUACGCAUGCGAAGCAGGACACAUUGAAGCCAUUGCGGUACUCUUGGCUCAUAAAGCUAAUAUAGAAGCCGCGGGUCGGGAUCGCAAGACUCCAUUGAUAUGUGCUGCCGAGGCAGGCCGGGCCCGGGCUGUCGAAUUUCUGUUGAAAUCUAAGCAAAGGGCUUCGUCCAGUGGUAUGGACGACACCGGAAUGACGGCCUUGCACUGGGCUGCCUACAAUGGACAUGAAGAGACGGUGAAAAUUCUCAGCCAGAAGAAAGGAUCUUUGGCCAAGGUUAAUGCCAUGGGACGAACGGCUUUGCACUUGGCCGUUAUUCAAACCCAGUUUGCUGUCGUUGAGCCAUUACUACGCAAGGGUGCAGACCUCAACAGCCAAUGCAAAACAGGUCUUACUCCACUCCAUUAUGCUUGUAUGGCGGACAGCACCGAAAUAGCAAGACUGUUACUUUUAGAGGGUGCUGAUAUCGAAGCAUCAGAAUAUCUACACCAGCAAAGACCUUUGCAUAUCGCAGCAGCACGGAGCUCAAUACACCUUUUGGAUCUCCUUUGUGACAAAGGAGCCUCGUUGGAUGCCCGAGACAGCGCUGGGGACCGGCCUUUAAGUGUAGCAUGUCGCUGUGGGCAUGUGGCUGCGGUGCGAAAACUGUUAGAUCGAGGAUCUCCUCUCUAUCAGAAACACCAAGCUACGUCCCGCUCUGACUCGCCUCUAUGUUUGGCUGCUAUGACAGGCCAUCUACCUGUGGUCUCGCUGUUGCUAGAGCGCGGUGCAUCAGCAUCAAAAAAGGACGAGGGUGGCUGGCAACCUUUCCGUUACGCGGCAUACCAUGGCCAUUUGGAUGUUCUUCAGACGCUCUUGGCUCGCACUAGUAUACCUGACAUGGAUGUUCCAGAUAUCAUUCGCAUGCCAGAGACAAUCGGGUUCUCGCCAGAUACCGUUAUAUCUGAAGACUGCAAAAUCCGGGUGAAAGAACUUCUCAACCAGGCUUUGGCGGACUCUGGCCUGGUGCGUCCAAGCCAUGUCCCAAGCAUGCCCCAGACUGGGAGCCAGUGGAGUUCUUCUGCUCAGUAUUCACAGCCAAGUCAUGUCCAAGCCUUUGGAAGCUUCUUGCCUCAAGAGCUCCGCUUCCUACCUCAAGAGCUCCCUGCAACCCUAGAGCAGGGCCUGCCUAGCAGUCGUUCAACAACUCCUGAACGUGGCUAUCGGACUCGUCCUCAACACAGCAUCGACCCCUCGUGGCAUAUCCGAAUGCGAACCAGUGAGCAAGUGCCUCCGCCGAUAGAUGAGCGAUCGGCUUCUGCCCGCAAUGAGUCGCGUACGGUAUCUCCUAUACGUCAACCAGAACAAAAUGCUGGUAGAAGGAGUCCGAGUCGACCUCCAGCUAGAGAAGAUCCCACAUUAUCGGCCACCUUCAUUCCUCGGCCAAUACCCGUUGGAUACUCCUCUCAAACUCCUCAGCGAUCCUCUGGAAUAUCGUCUCGCCGUGCGAGAGCUGGGGUGUCCGCUGUGGAUAUGCCAGUGCAGUCUCGGAACCAUGAUGAGAACCGCGUUCCUAGAACAGUCUUCCCUCAGCGUGAAAUUGAAGUUCCAAUUCCAAAGUCUGAGGGACCACCUGAAAGUUCCAUAGAUACUGUUGAUGACCACUUGGACUCGGAUUCGGAUUCGACAUCCUCUGUAUACACGGCACCUGAAGGGGAUAUUGACGCUAAUGUUGUCCCGAGGAUGGACUACCGAAGCGGGCCGUAUGAUUUGGUAUGA